UUUUGUCCUUGAGACCUUGUUGUUGUCAACAACAUCGAAAAACUGUCAAAAACUGCAACUAUGUGAGACCUGUUGACAAAGUGUUGAUUUUUUAUCAUGCAAAUCAUACGUAUCCGUCAAGUGUGCUUGAUAAUUUUGUUUUUUGUUUUUGAAAUGAGUACAAAUUUUACGCAAGUUCACCUGACGUCCGCAGUCCAUUUAAUGAAAUUUAUGAAUGGUGGAGAUGAGCAGUUGACUUGCACGGUCCUGGCUUGACUGUCGGGCUAUAUUGAUUGCACAACACAAGUAAUUGAUUUGAUUCAAGGACUUCAAUUGCUUAUAUUAACGUCUGCCGAGACAGUGUGGUUUGGAAAUUUACGAACUUGAUAAUUCAUACGAAGAAGGCUAGAUGUGAAGAGUCCAAUGCUACGAUUGUGUGUCACAGGAAGAGGUGGCGUGGGAAAAAGUUCUCUUACCAUAAGAUAUUUAAGGGAUGAGUUUACCGAGUACUACGAUCCGACAAUUGAGGAGACAUAUCAAAAAGAGAUUGAGUACGCUGGUCGUUUUUAUGACAUCGAAAUAGUUGAUACGGCCGGCCAGGAAGAGUUCUUCUCGUUUCGCGAUUCGUCUCUUGCUAGCGGAGACGCCUUUUUGAUAUUGUUUGCCAUCAACUCCCGAGCCAGCUGGCUUGAAAUGAAAGGAUUGCAUGGAAAAAUUAUUGAAGAUAAAGAAAAGCAAAGUAUCCCUAUUAUUAUUGUUGGCAAUAAACGGGACUUGGAGAACGAGCGGGAAGUGGAUAAUGAAGAAAUCAGAGAAUAUUGUGGCUCGAUUUCGACUCCCUACAUUGAAACGUCUGCUAAAACGGGCUUAAAUGUUCAAGAAGCUUUUAAACUUAUAUACGGACAAAUCCACAAGUUGAAGGCCCGUAUGCUUGAGAAAUCUUUAAACCAAAAGACUAAGAGAAAGAGACGGAAAUGCAACAUUAUUUGAUGAAACCAACUUGAUAUAGAACUAUGUACGUGCUAUCGUUCAGUGAUUUCAGAAUUUUACAAUGUUGUAUCUUAUUCAGACUUCUAACUAUGUGGUAUGUCGGCUGUGAACUUUUUAAAUUAUUACGAAUAUGAGAGACAGCGUUUAUGUAAUUCAUUGAAUACAAUUCAUUUUUUAA